AUCCACCUCGGCUCACUCCACUCACUGCACCGAGCUCACUGGCAAUGGCUACCAGCACCAAGCUCGUGGCCCUUGGCUUUGCCGUCCUCCUGAGCAUCGGCUUCUCCGAUGCAGCGAGGGUAGUUAGGCUUGGUAGCCAUGCGUCUGCGGGAGGUGGAGGUGGCGGCGGGGGAGGCGGCUCCGGGUCGACUGGGGGUGGCUUUGGCGGUGGGUCGGGCGGUGGCGGUGGUUACGGCAUAGGUAAGGGUGGCGGGGACUGGUGGAACAAUUUCGUCUCUAGUAUAGCAGGUGGUGGAGGAGGAGGACAAGGCGGAGGCGGUGGCACCAAUGGUGGGUCCGGGUCCGGCGGUGGGUCCGGUUAUGGUUCUGGCAGCAGCUCGACUGCAGCCUCUGGCCCCAGCAGUGGCAACUACGCCGACGCUGAGGGCAAGGGCGCCGGUGGAGGCAUGGGCGGUGGUGCCAAUGGUGCAUAUGGUUCUGGUGCUGGUGGAGGCGUUGGCAAGGGCGAGGGUGUGAGUGGUGUGGCACUCGCACCAUCGUCCAACGGCUACUACAAUGGCGGUGCCGCCGAUGCUACCGGUGGCGGUUCCGGCGCCGGCGGUGGACAUGGUGGUGGCGCAGCCGGAGCUCCAAGCUAUGGAACCGGAGGCGGCCUCGGCGGAGGCAAGGGUGAGGCCGGCAGCGAUGGAUCGUGGGGGUCAGGUUAUGCUCAGGGAAUCGGUGCUGGCACAGGCGGCGGUGGCGGCGGCGGAUCCCAAGGCGGCUCUGGUGGCGGUGGAGGCUCUGGGUCCGGAUCCGGCAGCGGUGGAAUCCACUGAGCUUGCACUUCAGUAGCUAGAGCCUAGAGCCCCGCAUUAGUGUCAGUCCAUUCUGUGGUUUUUUGCUGUCUUUGUUACGAGAAUUAAUCAGGAAUAAAGCGUAAUGGGCUUCGUGAUUGUAGUUCGAGUAGGUAGCAAAGCAUGCAACUGAUAUGAAUGCAUGUAAUGGCUAUCUACGAGUGUGUGCCCCUAGCUGUAAUCUGUUUCUCAUCGAUCGUUAAGGUCGUUGCAUCCGGUUUUAUUUAUCUUCUGAAACCAAAAUACAUUGGAACUC